AUGUCAGAAUUCAGAGGCCGGGGCAGCCGAAGCAGAGGUACCAGAGGACGAGGUGGUCCUUUCAGAGGAGGCCCCAGAAGAGGCGGCUAUUCCACUGACCGUGAUGGCAGUAGAGGUGGUUUCAGCAGAGGCCGCGGCGAUGGAUUUUCUAGAGGGAGAGGUGGGCCACCUAGACACUUAAACCGAGAUGAGUCUCCACCAAGAAAAGGUCCCCUCUUGUCUCGAGGUUAUGAUUCAGAACGUGGACGAGGUCCACCAAUCGAUCGUCGUUUGGACAGAUAUGAAGACGGUUAUGACAGAGGUAUUCCUUCCAGAACUCGAGAUCUUUAUGAUUCACCCCCUAGAGACUCUGGUCGUUUGAUGGACAGCUCUUACAGAGACUCCUAUGGCAGCAGUCUGAGAGAGAUGCGUGACGACAGACGAGAAAGUUUCACCCGGCCUUCACCAAGAGAGUACCCUUCACAGCGUUUCUCUCUAGAGUACCCAGAGAGAAGUCGAGACACCCGGGAGUCUCCUAGGGAGUACGGUUCAUCAAGAGAAUUCAGAGAACCAUUGAAUGGAAGAGCAGAGUUCAGAGACAGAGAAUAUUCAUCUCGGAUGAUAUCUCGACAGGAGAUUAGAGUAACCAGCAGAGGACCACCACCCAGAGAAUAUGGAGGUCGAGGAGGGCCACCAAGAGGAGGACUGCGUGGGGGAAGAGAUGAGCGAGGCAGCUAUCGUGGGAGUCGAGGUGGAUACAUGAACGGCAUUACAUAG